UUUUUGGACAUUCCCAAGAAACUAUAAUUCCUAACUAGACCAAACUUGUAUGAAAUGAAUACAGAUUUCAUUACAAGACGUGUGCAUGGUGCAACAUCCUGGAUGGUGUGUAGUAUGUUUGUUAACAUGUGAAGCCCACGCGUAUUUCAGGGAGUUGUCUCCCAUGUUUAAGAUCAGUAAUGGCGGAUAUACAAUGCAGUAUGCUGUCUGGUCAUCAACAGAGAGUUUUGACACCCCUAUUUCUACCAAUCACCUCUGUAACCUUUGUUGUGAUCAUCAGAUAGAUUCACCAGAUGCAGCUGCUCCAUCUCCAUCACUGGUGAAAUGGGAAAUGACUAGUGGACGGUCAUCACUUUGUAACUCACCAUUUUGCGGCCCAUCUCUUCUCAUCUUCAGUGGUGGCCUCUGGAGGAAUGGUUGCAGGGCAGUCUUCGUGUCUUAG